AUGCCCAGUGACGCCAUGGCGCAAAAAGCAAUUGCGAUCGCCUCCCUUGAUUUCGUCUUCCUCGUCUUCCUCGUCGUUUUAUCCUUCAUCCUUGAGCAGUUCAUAUUCCGAGAUCACCUUGAGAGUCUGAUCUCCAAACACGGCUACCCCACCCCGGUCUCCCUGUCCUCCUUGCGGGAUUUAACGUCUACUUCGUCCGCCUACAGCCCUCCUCCUUCUCGACUUCACCGCUACCGAUCAGACUCUCCUCCGGUGGAAGCAUUUGACUCGCUCUCUUUGUCUUCGACUACUCGCCCCAUCCCGAUCCCUCGGCGCUCAAUCUCCGUCUACGACGAAGAUCUACCCGUCACUCCGCUCACGGGCAGAUUUGAUAAGGACGAUUAUUUCGAGGAUUGGGAGCGUGCCUCGUUGUCCGCUAAGUCUCGGCACACUUUGCCGCUUGCACCUCCUCGGAGAAGUCACUAUUCAAGCAUGCGUUCUGAUCACUCACCCUACUACUCGCCUGUCGCUUCGCCCACCAUGUCCCCACGGCAGCCGGGUUCUCCCCAGACAGCAGCCCGCGCAAGAGGCCAGACCCCCACCAAGGCCAUUCCGAAUUUUCAGUUGGGGAGUCUUCCACGCUUCCACCCGGCGGUUUAUCAACCCAGCACAUCGAGCCAAACGGCGGCAGGUCAGUCGUUGCCUUCUCGCCAGACUCGCUCGCAUAAUUACCGCCCCAGCUCGGGACCACGUGAGGUGAAAUGGCAGUAUAGAGAUCUUUUAGAAGGCUCGAAUCAGAGUCCAUCUGCCCCGCGUCUCGAUCCUCUCCGCAGUCCCGGCCCGGUGACUCCCUUGGCAUUGGAGGCCGGUGACUAUUUAGCUGCGGGAUCAGGAGCGGCCUCGGAGCGUGUUCCCAGGGACAGCGGCACUCAUAACAGCGGCCCUUCACCUGAUCUGAUUGAGAGGUUGAUUGCCCGGGAAAAAGAAGCCGCCCGCCAGAAGAGCCGCAUCGCCGCCAAGGGACGAUGA